UCCUUCUUCAUCUUCACCUGCUUCCUCCAUCUUCCUUCCUCCCUCCCUCCCUCUUGGGGCUCCGAUGGCCCUGGGCUUCGUGGUGGCGCUGAGCGGAUGCCUGCUGGCCCUAUCCUUGGCCCAGGAUGAUUUCGAUUAUACCAUCACAAUGGAGGAACAGAUUCAUCUGCUGUUGGAGGCCAAAGUACAGUGUGAGCAAAACAUCUCAUCUCAGCUACAAGCAGAAGGAGGAGGUGACUGCUUUCCAGAAUGGGAUGGCAUAAUCUGCUGGCCUAUGGGGUCAGCAGGGAAAACCGUAGCUGUCCCGUGCCCUCUUUAUAUAUAUGACUUCAAUCACAAAGGGACAGCAUUCAGGCGCUGUAGCUCAAAUGGGACGUGGGCCUACGUGCCAAGUUUAAACCGAACGUGGUCUAAUUAUUCAGAGUGCCUUCACUUCCUGCAAACAGAAAACAGCCCUGGAAAGAGGGAAUUCUUUGAGCGCCUCUACAUUAUGUAUACAGUUGGAUACUCCAUCUCCUUCAGCUCUCUAGCCAUAGCAAUUUUCAUCAUAGGCUACUUCAGGAGGCUCCAUUGCACCCGGAACUACAUACAUCUUCAUUUGUUUGUCUCAUUCAUGCUCAGAGCUACCAGCAUCUUUAUUAAGGACAAAAUAGUUCAUUCUCAUAUAGGAGCGAAAGAGCUUGAUGCACUGUUUGUGGGUGAUCUAAGAAACAUUAUAGUGGCUCCGGUCACAGACAAGUCUCAGUACGUCUGGUGCAAGAUUACUGUGGUGAUGUUUAUUUAUUUCCUGGCGACCAACUACUACUGGAUCUUGGUUGAAGGCCUGUAUCUGCACAGCUUAAUAUUUGUGGCUUUCUUUUCGGAUACCAAAUACCUGUGGGGUUUUAUCUUGGCAGGCUGGGGGUUUCCGGCUAUCUUUGUAGUGGCCUGGGCGGUGGUUAGAGCAACAGUGGCAGACGCGAGAUGCUGGGAGCUCAGUGCUGGAGACAUAAAGUGGAUUUACCAAGCUCCAAUUUUAGUAGCUAUUGGGUUAAACUUCAUUCUAUUCCUGAAUACUGUACGAGUUCUGGCAACAAAAAUUUGGGAGACAAAUGCUGUCGGCUAUGACAUAAGGAAGCAAUAUAGGAAACUAGCAAAAUCCACUUUGAUUCUGAUCCUCGUCUUUGGUGUGCACUACAUUGUCUUUGUAUGCCUGCCUCACACGUUUACUGGGUUGGGCUGGGAAAUCCGGAUGCACUGUGAACUCUUCUUCAACUCAUUCCAGGGCUUCUUUGUUGCCAUCAUCUAUUGCUACUGCAAUGGAGAGGUGCAGACUGAGAUCAAGAAGACAUGGGCUAGAUGGAAUUUGGCUAUAGACUGGGAGAGACCGGCACCUUGUGGGAACUACCGCUAUGGCUCUGUCCUCACUAACAUGACUCACAGCACCAGCAGCCAGUCACAUAUGGUGGCCAGUUCCCGUGUGGUACUGAUUUCCAGUCGGGCCUGCAAAAAUGUCACCCAGCGGAAUGAUCCCCACAUAAUUUUGCCUGGGUAUGUUAGGAGUAACUCUGAACAGGACUGCAUUCCUCACUGGGUUCCUGAAGAAGCUGAUGAAGAUGAAGAGAAGAAGCUGGAUGGCAUUUCACUCCAGAAGCCCCUUAGGAUUCAAGACAAUCUCACAGGUUCCCCUGAGGAAGAAGAGAGCAGGGGAGAAGUAGAGGCAGCACUUUAACAAAGCAGAAUGGUACACAGAGGGAACAAGCCUGAUAUAAUGCCAACGAACUCCUCUGUUUACAGGCAGCAAAGAUUCCCAUCAAAGUCUGUCAUCAUGGGUCAUCCUCAGAGGCUUCCUUGGUGAAACAGCUCAAUUCCUUUGAAGCUGUGUUAAGUCAAUGUUCAUUUGGCCCAGAGACAUUUACUCUGUUUCUGGCCCAAACUUUUUCUAGCUCUAAGAGCCUUCUGAAUGGAGAACCUCAGAGUGUUCUACAUGCAAAACAUGUGUUCUUCCACUGGACUAUGAUCACCCAUCAUUUGCCAGCAUUUUUGAACUGCAUGAUGCUCUUAGGUUAGGAAGAUUUUUUUUUUAUAUGCCUUAAGUAUCACCAGAGGCACCAGGGAAUUCAAAUGUCAGUGGAAUUUAAGAACAAGGGUUUGUUCCUAUUAAUUAAAAAAAAUACAGAAAGUCCAGGCAAAACACACAGUUAUAUGCAUCAUACAUAAUCCACCGUCACAAUUCUAAAUUUAAAUUAAAUUUAUUUGUAUUUUAAAUAUUAAGACACAUGCACUCAUAUCUGUAUGACUUCCAAAAUAUGAUAAGUAUACAAUCAUAUUUUUUUGCAUAAGUCUAUUGUCCCUGUAUCUCCCAUUAUUACAAAGUUCCAGCUUCUUUUAAUGAUGUUAAGUCUACAUUGGUACAAUUUUUACAGCCACUAAAGUGGUACAAUACAAAUUAACUGUAGAGUUAAUUUUCCGUCAACUCUUGAUCGUUCCCUACAAGAUCAUGCCCCCUUUUAUGUGACUAUUUAUGGCCAGUUCAGUGGUAUACUAAAGUACACAAGGCAGCUUAUGCCAAAAUGUAAAAUACAAAAUGCCAAGGCCACCUUAAAACAUGAAGACAGUGUUACGACAUAUGAACACAACCAUUGUAAAAAUUCACAGCAGAAUCUUAAUUCUGGAAAAUUCUGCUGUGAUAAAAUUGUUCUCAUUGCCUGUACAGAAGCACUUUGUGCAGUUGUUGUUUUUCUUCAGUUCAAUUCUUCACUUUCUCUAAAUGUUUUAAAUCCCCAGUUUUAUCUUAUUUAUUAUGGAUUGUGUUAAAUUUACAUAUUUUCCGAGGAUUUUUAAAAUCAUAAUGCUGAAAAUAAAAACACAAUGAAAGUUUAUUAAUUUUAAUUGCCAUUAUAUGCUCCAGAAUUCAAAGAUAUAGCCAUGUUAGUCUGUAGAAUCAGUAUGUAGAGAGAUCAUGUACUGUAGCACCUAAAGAGACUAGUUGAAAGAAAGAGGUUGGCAGCAUGAGUUUUCGUAGACUAAAGUACAAGUCUGGCCUUGUUUUUUGUG